UGAUGGUAGGGAUGGGUUUGAAAAUAUUUUAAAUGUUACCGGUCUAGUUUUCGUAUUGCAUGAUUUGUCAGUUUGUAAUUUUAUUUCAUUUGAGCAUUUGUUACUCUACAAAGUGUAAAUUUUGAUUUGAACAUUAAAUUAGUUGUUUAACUACAAAUUCAAAGUAUUUAAAAUGCAGUUUAUGUAAAAAGACUUCUCAUGCACUCGUGAUCUGUUCUAGGCCCAUUUAGUGAAUCGAGUAGUUGGUUCUGAGCUAAGCUAUAACAGUAUUACAAAUUUAUUUGAACACCAACGCAAAAGAUAUGGAGCGAAAAUUGCAUUGUAAAUGGAAAAAGAAGUGGUGCUCUGUUAUUUUAUCAUGGGUAAAUUCAUUUCAAGAAGAUUUUGAGUCUUUUCGGAGUUUGUCUUGUGUAAAAGAUUCUGUGUUCCUAUCAUCUCUAAUAAUAAAAAUAUAUGAAUCAGAAAAACGUCAGGUGCCUUGCUUCAAAAAUAUUGAAGAGCUUAGUAACACAUUCAUUAAAGAUUAUUUUCCAGAAUGUAUGCCAGAAGAUCUGCCAAAUCUUGAAAAUGAAGAAAAUAAUUUAAUUCUCUUUUCAUUGAUAAUGUACUCUGUCUGCAUCAAAUGCAAGAUUUCCGAUAUUUGUAAUAGAAAUUGUAAUUUCAUUGAUUCGACUAACCAAAUUGUCUUGACAAGGUUUUUUGAGAAGAUGAUAGAAAUUGGAGAUGGAAGAUUCACUAAACUAAAUUUAUAUGAAGCAAUACGUUUAUCUUUGGGAGCUGUAACUGUUAGUUCGAGGGACUCUUUAUCACCAGCUUCAUCAUCUGGAUUCUUGAAAGAUUUCUUUAAUUCACCUACAGUACAUGACCAGAAGAAUAAAGAAAAUGAAAUAAGGAGAUUAAAAGCUGCAUUAGAAGAAGAACUUAAUGAGAAAGCAGAACUCAUAGAAAAAAAUCAGUCAUUGGAGAAUGAUCUUAAAACGACACAACUGUUACUGAAUGGAAAAAUUAAGGAGAACAUCGCCCUAAAAGAAGAAUUAGAUCAGAGUUUAAUAGGACCAGUAGAUCAGGCUCAUAAUGAAAACAGAGAAAAAUCUCUUCUCAAAGAAAUUGAAGAAUUAAAAAUUGAAUUACAAGAUUUGAAAUUAGAAAAUGAUUCUCUGAUUAACCAAGACAACAAAUAUAGUAUUGAGAUUUCAGAAAAGACAAAUGAAAUAAAAACUUUAGAAAAGUUAUUGGAUGAAAAAGAGCACCAAUCUUUAGAGGAUUACAACAAGCUCAUUACUAUCCAAAGUGAAAACAUUUCUUUAAAAAAUGAAAUUAAGGAACUUGAACAGAUCGUAGAACAAUACAAGGAGGAACAGAACAAAACAUUGGAUUAUUCUCUGGAUAUUUCUGCUCCUAUCUGUGAAGAAAACCUUGGCCAGUCUGUUAUUGAUUUACAGCUGAUGGAAAAACAGGAGCUCAUAGAACAGCUUAAAAAUCAGCUGUCAUCACUGCAAGCUGUUCUAAAUGAUAAGGUCUCUCAGAUAUCUGAUCAACGUAAAACAAUGACAUGUUUGGAAGAAAAGUUAGAAUAUAAUGAAACUGAAAGAAAAAAGUUAAGGGAGGUUUGUAAUAACUUGGAAGAGGAGGUGUCUUCUCUCAAGUCCAGUUUGCAAAUGUACUUAGAAGAAAAUAAGACAUUAAAAUAUAAGAAUGGUAUCUUGGAGUCCAAUUUAAAUGAUGCCAACAGUAAAGUUCAUGAUCAACAAGCAGAACUGGCCAAAUAUGCAGAGAAAGUUACUGAACUUCAUGGUAGUAUCAAAUGUUUUGAAUCCCAACUGUCCGAUUUGAGAAUGUUGAAUAAAAGAACUGAAAAUGACAAAAAUGAUUUGCAGUCCAUCAUUCAGCAUCAGGCUUCUCAAAUGUCUGAACUACAAAGCGCAAACAUACACUUAAAAGAUGAAUUGAAAUUAAAACAAAAUUCAAUUGAAGAAAUACAAACAAUUUCUAAGGGUCAACAAGAAGAGCUAUCAACUGCCAAAAACAAUUUACAAAUAUCUCAAGAAGAAAAUACAAGAUUGACAUCCAAGAAUAGUACCUUGGAGUCUGCUUUAGUCGAUGCCAACAAUAAAGUCAGCAAUCAACAAGCUGAAUUGGACAAUUUUUCUGAGAAAAUCAAUGAACUUAAUAGUGCUAUAAGUUGUUACGAGUCUCAAGUGUCGGAAUUGGAAAUAUUGUUCAAGACAACUGAAAUUGAGAAAAAGGAUUUGCAGUCUGUCGUUAAGAACCAGUCUAAUACAAUAUCUGAACUACUGGAGACUAAGGUAAACUUAGAGAAAAAUUUACAAGGAAAACAAAUAACAAUAGAAGAGUUAAAUACAAUUUGCAAUAAUCUUCAAGAAGAUUUGUCUUCUGCAAGAAGCAAUUUACAACUGUCAAAAGAAGAAAUUGAGAAAUUAUCAUCCAGUAAGAAGACCUUAGAGACUGAUUUAACUAAUGCCAAUGUUAAAGUCAAUGAAUAUACAAAAGAAAUAGAAAAUUAUGCAGAUGAGGUUAUUAGACUAAAUGAUACAAUCAGCAGAACUCAAUCCGAACUGACUGAAUUGAGAAUAAUGUUUGAAACAAUAGUAAAUGAGAAUAAAGAGUCACAGUUGUCACUUCAGAGUCAGGCCUCUCAGGUAUCUGAACUACUGAAAACCAAGAUAAACUUAGAAGCAAAUUUGUUAUCAAAACAAAUUGCAAUAGAAGAGUUACAAAAAGUCUGUAAUGAAUUACGUGAAGAAUUGUCAUCUGUCAAAAAUGAUUUGAAAAUAUCUCAGGAAGAAAAUACGAGAUUGUUGUCCGAGAAAAGUAUGUUAGAGUCUGCUUUAACUGAUGCGAACAAUAACGUCAGUGAUCAGCUAGCAGAAAUUGACAAGUUUGCAGAGAAAAUUACUGAAUUGAAUAAUACUGUUACUUGUUACGAAUCUGAACUGUCUGAAUUGAAAAUGAUGUAUGAAAAAGUCGAAAAUGAGAAAAAAGAUUUGCAUUCCAACAUUCUUAGUCAGACUUCUCAGGUAUCUGAACUUCUCAAAACAAAGACAAACUUAGAAGAUGAUUUGCUAUCAAAACAAAUUGCAAUAGAAGAGUUACAAAAAGUCUGUAACGAAGUACAAGAAGAAUUAUCAUCUGCCAAAGACAAUUUGAAAAUAUCUCAGGAAGAAAAUACGAGAUUGUUGUCCGAGAAAAGUACAUUAGAGUUCGCGUUAAUUGAUGCAAACAAUAAUAUCAGUGAUCAGCAAGCAGAAAUUAACAACUUUGCAGAGAAAAUUACAGAAUUGAAUAGUACUAUCACUUGUUACGAAUCUGAACUGACUGAAUUGAGAGUGAUGUAUGAAAAAAUUGAAAAUGAGAAAAAUGAUUUGCAGUCCAACAUUCAUAGUCAGACUAAUACGAUAUCUGAACUGCUGGCAACUAAGGCUGACUUAGAGACCAAUUUGCAAGCAAAACAAAUUACAAUAGACGAGUUAAAGACAGUUUGCAAUAAUCUUCAAGAAGAUUUGUCUUCUGCCAGAAAUGAUUUACAACUGUCAAAAGAAGAAAUUGAGAAAUUGUCAUCCAGUAAGAAGAUCUUAGAGACUGAUUUAACUAAUGCCAAUGUUAAAGUCAAUGAAUAUACAAAAGAAAUAGAAAAUUAUGCAGAUGAGGUUAUUAGACUAAAUGAUACAAUCAGCAGAACUCAAUCCGAACUGACUGAAUUGAGAAUAAUGUUUGAAACAAUAGUAAAUGAGAAUAAAGAGUCACAGUUGUCACUUCAGAGUCAGACUUCUCAGGUAUCUGAACUUCUCAAAACAAAGACAAACUUAGAAGAUGAUUUGCUUUCAAAACAAAUUGCAAUAGAAGAGUUACAAAAAGUCUGUAACGAAGUACAAGAAGAAUUAUCAUCUGCCAAAGACAAUUUGAAAAUAUCUCAGGAAGAAAAUACGAGGUUGUUGUCCGAGAAAAGUACAUUAGAAUCCGCGUUAAUUGAUGCAAACAAUAACGUCAGUGAUCAGCAAGCAGAAAUUAACAACUUUGCAGAGAAAAUUACUGAAUUGAAUAGUACUAUUACUUGUUACGAAUCUGAACUGACUGAAUUGAGAGUGAUGUAUGAAAAAAUUGAAAAUGAGAAAAAUGAAUUGCAGUCCAACAUUCAUAGUCAGACUAAUACGAUAUCUGAACUACUGGCAACUAAGGUUGACUUAGAGACCAAUUUGCAAGCAAAACAAAUUACAAUAGACGAGUUAAAUACAGUUUGCAAUAAUCUUCAAGAAGAUUUGUCUUCUGCCAGAAAUGAUUUACAACUGUCAAAAGAAGAAAUUGAGAAAUUGUCAUCCAUUAAGAAGACCUUAGAGUUUGAUUUAACUAAUUCCAACGUUCAAGUCAAUGAAUAUAAAAACGAAAUAGAAAAUUAUGCAGAUGAGGUUAUUAGACUAAAUGAUACAAUCAGCAGAACUCAAUCCGAACUGACUGAAUUGAGAACAAUGUUUGAAACCACACAGAAUGAGAAUAAAGAGUUGCAGUCCACUUGUCUGAGUCAGGCUUCUCAAGUAUCUGAACUACUCAAUACAAAGAUACUCUUACAAGAUGAUUUGUUAUUAAAACAAAUUUCAAUAGAAGAGUUUAAAAAAGUCUGUACUGAAGUACAAGAAGAAUUGUCAUCUGCCAAAGACAAUUUGAAAAUAUCUCAAGAAGAAAAUACGAAAUUGUUGUCCAAGAACAGUACGUUAGAGUCUGCUUUAAUUGAUGCGAACAAUAACGUCAGUGAUCAGCAAGCAGAAAUCAGCAAGUUUACAGAGAAAAUUACUGAAUUGAAUAGUACUAUCACUUGUUAUGAAUCUGAACUCUCUGAAUUGAGAGUGAUGUAUGAAAAAAAUAAAAAUGAUAUGCAGCUCAAUAUUCAGAAUCAGAAAUCUGAAAUAUCAGAACUGCUGCAGACAAAGAUGGAUUUAGAAAACAGUUUGCAAUCCAAACAAAUCACAAUAGAAGAGAUGAAUAAAGUUUGCAGUGAUCUUCGAGAAGAUUUGUGCUCUGCCAGAACCGAGCUGCAAUUGUCAAAAGAAGAAGUAGAGAAAAUGUCAUCUAGUAAUAAGACCUUGGAGUCUGAUCUAAGUAAUAUCAGGGUUACAGUCGGUGAAAAUAAAAAAGAAAUAGAAAAUUAUGCAGGUGAGGUUACUAAACUGAAUGAUACAAUCUCCAGAACUACAUCUGAACUGUCUGAAUUGAGAGUACUCUUUGAAGCAGUAGAGAAUGAGAAUAAAGAGCUGCAAUCCUCUCUUCAGAGUCAGAUUAUUUCACAUAAUCACAAAAUUAAUUGCCUCAAUGAAGAGAUUGAGAGAAAAAAUUCUCACCUCUCUGUGCUUGAGGAAAGUAAUUCUAAACUGAGAGAAGAUGCUGCCAACUGCAAAGAUCUCUUAUUAACUUUGAAAAAUCAAAACAAUGAAUUGUCCUGCAAAAAUUUGGAACUUUCUUCACAGUUAUGCAGUGUAACUGCUGGGGCUGGCCACUUGGAAAGUGUUGUCCAAGAAAAUGACUUUAAAAUAAAGCAUCUUGAAGAAACACUAGUGAAAAACAAUUCACUUAUUAAAGAUUUAAACAAAAAUAUUCAGGUAAAGAAGGAAAAAAUUGACAGUUUGGAACAGUCCAAUGAAAGUAAAGAAAUUUACUUACUUAAUUUAAAAGAACAGAUAGCCACCAAAGAUAACGAAAUUACAAAGAUUAAAGAAGAGCUUUUGGAAAAGUCUCAUGAAAGCAAACAAUUGUCAGAUCAGUUACUAUCAGCACAAUCUCAUGCUUCAGACUUACAUACAAAGCUGUUGACUGAACAAAACGCAUUACAAAAGCUACAGAUUGAAUUGUUAACAAGAAAUUCUGUAUUUGAAACUAAGAUGAAGGAAAUGGAAGAACAAAUAAAAAUUCAAAACAAAGAUAUUUCUGAACUGAAUUCUCAAAUUAAAAAUAAAGAUGAAAAUGUCAUAUUACUCAAAAGUCUCUUGGCAACCCAUGAAGACAAAAUAUCUCAGUUAAAUUCAGAUUUGGUUGAAAGAAAUACUGAAAUGAAAAGGAGGGAGUUUGAUUUUGCUGAAGUCACAAAAAUUGUUGAUGAAAAGAGUGAAGAAAUUUCUAAAUAUAAAAAAUUAGUUGAAGAGUUAAAAGAAAGCUUAGAAUCUUCCAAACUAAAUCUCCUAGAGUAUGUUAAAGAUGUAGAAGCCAAAAAUGAUACUCUUCAGCAUAUGCAAGUGGAAAUUGAUUCAUUAAAGAAGCAAAUUGCAGGACAUGAUCCAGAUUUAAAAGAAGCUUAUGAGAAAUUAUUUGAUGAUUUCCACAGGUUAAAUGAUGAAAUGGAGGUGAUAACAUCAAAAUAUAAUAAUGUGACAGAAGUUAACAACAACAUGAGAGCUGAAUAUGAUGCUAAACUAAAUAAAAUAAAAGCUCACAUGAAAGAAACUUGUACUCGUGCUAUGCAGCAAACUGAAGAAACAUGCGCAAAGAAAAUUAAACAACAUCAGGAAGUGAUCAAGUCAAGCCAAGAUCAUAUAACUCAGUUGAGUUCACAGUUAUGGGAUACAAGCGAUAAACUCAUCAUUACUAAAAAGGAAAACGAAGAGCUUAAAAAAACAGUGUUAGAGCUUAAAAAAUCACUAACACAACAGGGUGCGUCAUUACAAAAUCAAAGAUCCCGCUCAUAUGAACAUCUGGGACAUUCAACUCCUGAAAUGCGUCUAGAAAUUGAUGAGUCAGUUACUGUUUCACGGCGUCAAAGUAUCAGAACGGUUCCUUCAGGCAUGGGUAUAAAGUUAUUACCAUCGGGCAAGGUGUUUCCAUCGGAAGAUGAGGUGGAGGAGAUGUUCAGCAAUGAGUGUCUGGCUGAUCUCAAAGCUGGCCGCUGCCAAGUCUCCACAGACCCUGACCGGCUCAGCACUCUCAAGUAUCGCAAUUCACUGUGUCCUCCACAUCUCAAGUCUUCGUAUCCAGCGGAGACACAGUUCCUGCCUAUUGAUACCAUCAGAGAGGAUGAUAUCAAGGGAAGAGCUGGUGAUGGAGACGAUAAGAGUUUACUGUCUGAGAAGCAGCGUCGUAAAGACAGGUCACAAACAAGUUAUAAAAGACCAGGACCCCCAACACCCAGCAAGCACGGUGCUCGAGUGAGCUCACAGACUCUGACAACUACCCCCCGAAAUGUCCUGAGAGAAGUGAAUGACUUGCAGAAGAAACCAGGCACACCGAGCAGACUGUUUUCUCAAUUUUUUACUGCCAGACAAAGAGAUGAGAAUACACCAACUACAGCAAACCAAAGGAGAUUAAGUUUCUUCAACAAACACUUCGGAAAAAGGGAAGGAAGUCAAAAAAAUUCAGACUGAUUUGUCCAUCUCAAGAUCUAAACUUCCUUUCUUCAGAUCUGAUAGUGCUGUAUGUUUUUAUGUAUAAAUAACUUGUUUUAAUGUUAUUCCAAAACUGACUAAAUCUCUAUGAACAGUUGACAAAUGUAUAUAAUUGUUUUCGUGAUUGUGUAAGAAAUAAAAAUUAAAUUUCCAUUUAUUUAUGUAAUUAUAAUAGACAUUUAGAAAUAAUGCCUAUGUUAAAAAUUGUAAAUUAUCUUCAUGUAUAUUGUAUUUUGCAAGUAAACACGUAUUAAAAUAAUGUAAUGUGAUAUU